GGAGAGCAUAGAAAGUGUUGGUAAAUUCCAUUUAUUUCACAAUAAUAUUAAUUUCGACACUGAAUACACACUAUGCACAUAGAUCAUGAUUUUAUAAAUGUCAAAUUACAAGAUACAAACAUCCUAAUCCAUAAACGUUUUGACGAUUGAAAUAUUACAAACGACCUCACAUGGCGGAAGUGAUUUUGGCGGUGUGCUUUUAAUCAUUUUGACCUCAUUAACCGGAAGUGUAGUCGAGAGGAGUCGGACAGCCCUUCGAGAGAGAGAAAAAAAAAGUGAAAAAAAAAAAUUGAGGUGAAAAAAAUCGGUAAAUCCAAGGGGUUCGGGCGGAUUUGGACGAAGUUUCCGAACUGUCCCGGCUCGGAGGAGCCCUGGGGGUUGAAAGGGAAUCGCCAGCACCGAAAUAAUGGAAGAUUCCCAUUUCAACUCAUCAUACUUUUGGUCUCCCGUUCCAACAAUGCAAGGACAGAUUGAGAACGCCAUGUUUCUGAAUAAGAUGAAAGAACAGCUGGGUCCGGAGAAGAGUGGCUCUUUUCCACACUCGUCCACGGCACACUACCCUACGGCGGUGCUUUCGGUGCCAGGCACGGUCACCAUGGAUGCAGGAGCUGUCGGGAGGGUGUCUAAACAAGAGGGUGGAGGAGGGGGCGGUGCAGGAGGUGGGGGAGUAGGAGUCCAAAUGGGAGGCGUCAGUGCACACCUGCACCCGCCUCACACGUCCCAAAACAUCACGGUGGUGCCCGUCCCAUCUACUGGCAUAAUGACUGCAGCGGGGUUGGUGAUCACGACUCCUCAGGGCACACUGGUCACUCCUCCUGCCUCCUCUCAGUCUUUUGUAUCUGGACCGCCCACAACGACCAUGAUUGUGUCCGCACUGCACUCAUCCAACACAGAAGAUGGCUGGCCCUCCUCCCUCUAUUUCCACAGUCACAACAAGAAAGAGGAUGGCAGUAUUCCACAAGCUGUAGUCAUGCCAGCACCCUCGAAGCGUGGCAGAAAGAAGAAGUCUAUGAUGCCACGGGUCGGUCCUGUUGCAGCCCACACACUUGCCACAGGAAAUGAUCCGCUGAUUCUUGCGCACCUGGCUGCUGGGGGACAGCAUAACACAAGUGACCCCUACGACCUCUCCAACGAUGAGGAUGAUCAUACAGGCAAAGAUGGGAAUAAGACCUACAGAUGCCGGAUGUGUGCAGUGACUUUCUUCAGUAAAUCAGACAUGCAGAUUCAUGCCAAGUCUCACACAGAGGCGAAACCGCAUAAAUGUCCUCACUGCUCUAAAUCCUUCGCCAACUCCAGCUAUCUGGCGCAGCACAUCCGCAUCCACAGCGGGGCCAAACCCUACACCUGCUCCUACUGCCAGAAAACCUUCAGACAGCUCAGCCACUUACAGCAGCAUACACGAAACCACACAGAGGGAAAACCGCACAAGUGUCCUCACUGCUCCAAAUCGUUUGCCAACUCCAGCUACCUGUCCCAGCACAUCCGCAUUCACAGCGGGGCCAAACCCUACACCUGCUCCUACUGCCAGAAAACCUUCAGGCAGCUCAGUCACUUACAGCAGCAUAACAGGAUCCAUACUGGUGAUAGGCCAUAUAAGUGUGUCCAUCCCGGCUGUGAGAAAGCUUUCACCCAACUUUCCAACCUCCAGUCUCAUCGGAGACAGCACAACAAGGACAAGCCAUACAAAUGUCACAACUGUAAUCGCGGUUACACAGAUGCAACUAGCUUGGAGGUUCACUUGUCUACACAUACUGUGAAACAUGCCAAACUCUACUCCUGUGGCCUCUGCAACCGCGCAUACACAUCUGAGACGUACCUGAUGAAACACAUGCGAAAACACAACCCAGACCCUCUGGCGGUAGCAGCUGCGGUGGCUGCACAGCAAGCCCAGCAGGGACAGAACCCGGCUCAGCCCUUGGGUGGAGGAACUGGCAGGGGUCGUGGGCGAGGUAGGGGUGCUGGAGCUGCGCCUACAGGUGCCGGAACAGUGUCUCAAGCACAGAACCAGCCCAAUCCCUCCACACCAACAAGUUAUCCUGUUACAGUGGGAAUGUCCUGUCCUUUUGACCUGCAUCAGUACAAGACCGUUUCAGCUGGAGAGAUCCAGUACAAGCCAGUCAGCGUGGCCGACUUGGUGGCCCACAAAGACCUCUGCCUCACCGUUUCCACCUCGGCCAUCCAGGUGGAGCACAUGAACUCGUAGAGGAAUUAACUCCCAAGAGAAUGAGAGAGAGAAGGGUGAGAAGACAUGGACCAGAAUUGGGAAUGAAAAUAAAAACACUGCCUUAGGACAAAAGAGGAAUUCGAAAUACAGACUGGCAAGUUUGCUGACGGAAAGAAAAGGAAAGAUGAAGGUGGGCUUGCGGGAGCAGCAGCAGCACAUGAACUAUACAAAUUGUCUUUCUUAAGACUUGCUCUGCAGUGUCACAGAAAAGGCUUUAAGCUGCCAUGACAGCACAACAAGCCCAUAUUAUGCUAAUUUACAGGUUCAUGAUUUUAUUUUCGGGGUAACUAGAAUAGUAGCCAUAUCACCCUGUAGGCAAGACUGGUUGCCUACUGAAGCUAAGCAGGGCUGAACCUGGUCAGUACCUGGAUGGGAGACCUCCUGGGAAAACUAAGGUUGCCGCUGGAAGAGGUAUUUGGGAGGUCAGCAAGGGGUGCUCACCCUGUGGACUCUUAAGUCCUAAUGCCCCAGUAUAGUGACGGGUACACUAUACUGUAAAAAGGCACCGUCCUUCAGAUGAGACGUUAAACCGAGGUCUUGACUCUCUGUGGUCAUUAAAAAGCCCAGGACACUUCUUGAAAAUACUAGGGGUGUAACCCCAGUGUCCUGGACAAAUUUCCCUCAUUGACCCUUAUCAAUCAUGGCUUCCUUAUAAUCCCCAUCCAUUAAUUGGCUGUAUCAUUCCACUCUCUCCUCUCCACCAAAAGCUGUUGUGUGGUGAGCAUACUUGUUGAGGAGAGUCCCCUGUAAAGUGUAAAGUGCUUUGAGUGUAGUGUCAGAAAAGCGCUAUAUAAAUGUAAAUUUAAUUUGUUCAUUCAAAAGGUUUACAUGCUUUAUGUUCAAAAAACACAUUAUUUUUCUCAUACUCUACAUUGCUGUAACAUCUAUUUUCAUCCUCUGCUCAAACGCUCUGAUUCUCUUUAUAGCCCCCCUUUCAGAAUAGCCCAGUGUGCUCUGAUUGGUCAGCUGGCCUAGUCUGUUGUGAUUGGUCAACCACGUGUCGGAAAUGUAAUGUCCCUUACCAUAACUGAGUUUCAGGCUUCCUUAACAGCUGUAAACACUACGGUAACAAUGGCAUUGGUUUUUGCCGUACCAGUUUGAGUCCGAUAAUGAAGGUUUGGAAGAACAAGCUGAUCGACCCGAACCACCUUCGCAAGCACGACUUGAGCAGGACUUUUCACUGUGGUAAGCUUCAGUUUUGUUGCUGUCUUACAAGUACACUGAUGAUUAUUGUGAACCUAACAAAGCUUCAAGUAAAAGACACAUAGUGCAUCUAAGUUAGUCGCAUUUUGCUGGAAUGGGUGUAGCCAAAGUUUUUUCACCUGAGCUAUGAACGGAGAACAGAGGCGAACUCACGGUUAGUGAGCAAUUUAGUCGUGGACUACCGUGGAUAGCGGUAAGAUUACAGCUUGUAAUUAUAUAAGACUCUUGAGAUCAACCAUUUUGUUUCACAGUUUUAGGUAAAUGCAGGCCCACAGCUGAAUAGUAAACCCUUACCAAAACAAUACAAUUACAUAGCAAGUUAGACUUCUGUGGAUUGCAGAUGUAAAAUAACUUUUGUAAAAAUAAAUCCAUCUCCACACUUGAUUACUAUUCAUGAUAGUAAGAACUACAAACAAUCUUCAUAAUUCUACACAGCUGUAGGUAAAAGUGGGGCCACAGCUGAUAAGCAAAUCUAUUUCAACACAAUAACAUUAGCUAGCACGAUAGCAGAGGCCUACAGCUGUGCACUGAGUGUACACUGUACACACAAAACUCUGCAUUUGCACUCUCGGUAGCAGAUAAAUCCACAAUUAAUCAAGUAUACUUACAGGGUUGUGAUCCUGGAGCGCCAGAUUGUCCUAACAAAUUGGGAACCUCACCAUCUUUGAGGAGUAACCGUAUUGAAAAUCCGGCAUUGGUUGUGAUUGUACUGGUGCGGAAUAUUUAAAAUAAGUUUUAACCACAGAUAUUUCAAUUCGUCUGCCUUUGGAAGUCCAAACAAAGACGUUUUGUUUUCGCAAUGAUGAAAACCGCAUCAUCUUGACAUGUUGACAACACUAACCCAACUCAUCCUGGCGGGCGGGCCAAAGUAGCCUUUAGGCGGGCAUUAUGCAAAUGCGUUACAAAGUGGUGUAGAUACUUUACAGAAAAAAUGGCUGGACUACGAACCAGCCGUUUCAUGUAGUUCUUGAGCAGUGUUGUCUGUGGGAGAGAAUAACUUCGUGCUUUUUAACGUUGCAGACCUUUUGCAUGCACAAACAGCUACAUUACGCUCUAAAAGGACAGGUAAAAUCCCAAAAAGCAUAAUAGGGCCUCUUUAAUACAUUUAUUGAUCAUUUAUACACUAUCAAUGUCCAGCCCAGAUUUUUUAUUUUGCCCUUUUGCCACUAUUGAGGAAUGUACGCAAGAACCGUGGAUUAACAGUGUAAAUAUUUUUAAUUUAUGGUUCCCAUUUACUCCUUUUCCUCCAAAAGGGUGCUGGUGUUAGAGCCAGUGCUCUGCCAGGUAAUCUGCAAAGCUCUUUCGGAAACAGAUUGCAUUUCCACCGAGAGCAGAACAAUGACGUAACUGACAAUGUUUCUACAUAACCUGCCAACAAACAAACAUUGCUUGUCAAGGCCCGUUUAUGAGUCUUACUCCUAGUUUUGAGAAAAAAAUGUAACAUCCAAAUUCAUUUAAUUCAGCAUCUUUAUGCUAGUUCAGGCUGGUUUGAAGUCAUAUGUCAAAUGUAUAAUGAAUAGAAUAUAAUAUAAUAGAUGAAUAUUUGUGUAGUCAUAUAAUGUGCAACAUUUUAGUAUUGAAGAAGCAGGUCGUCUAAAUAAGUGCAAACUCUGAGAUGCGGCAUUUCUCCAUGUGUCGAUAGUUGCUUUUUGGAACUAUCGUUAUCGGCAAAAAUCGAUGCUGAUAGUUUUUUCAUAAUUUCUUCAUUUCAAAAUAAGAGUUCCUGGUGUAUUUCGGGCUUGUUUAUUCUUAAAAGUCCCCCGUUCCCCAAAUCUUUUUUCUUUUUUUUUUUUCUGGAUAUUUUUGUUGAACAAUAAACUGCAUCUGAGAUUUUAUUCAUUUAAGACUCUUUUUUUUUUUUUUUUUCUGUGCCCGUCAUAGUAAGGAUAUCUAAAUAUGUAUUUUUUUUUACAUUUCUAAAAAUCGAUUUUAAAAACUAUCGGCCGAUUAAUCGGUUAUCAGCCUUUCCCACACCUUAGUUAUCAUUUUUGGCAAAGUCCACUAUAUGAUGACCACUAAUAAUUAUGCUCUUCUGUUAUAUUACUACAUAAUGAAUCGUGAGAUAUGUGUUGUGAGGUGGUUGGUGACAAUCAGCCCCUUUUGUUUUUUGCGUCUUUAUUCAUUUUCAUUAGCCUAGCCACAACCCUAUGAAGCACCUUUUCUUCGGUGGAAAUGCAUGGAAAGGCACCAGAUUGGGCACAGGCUCCAGCACCAUGUUGGUGGAAAAGGAGGUUAAGCUAUAGACUAAGCUAUUAACUUUGAGUUAAUUUUGUUGCAGGAACUGUGCCAGAAUUAAUGACAGAGGACACAUUUUUAAACAGGUAAUUAAGGUUACAUUUAAGGUUACUUUCCAGUUCUUUUUUCAAGUUGUGCAAACGUAUUCCACUUAUUUAUUUCGCAUACAGAGGCACAUUUAGACUGCAGAUUUCCCUCUUUCAUCCUGUUUACAAAAUUACUACUAGUUUACGUUUACUGGAGUAUUCCAGAGCCUCAAAUGGCACAUGCAUACCUGCAUUGCAUUGUAACAUUUUGCCAGUAUGAGUCAUGAUUUAAAAUUUGUAUAGUUAUAGGGACAAACGUAAAAGCUUUCUAGUUACCGUACCGCACUUACAAUCUGUUAUGAAGUUUUAAUGCCUUGAUGACACUGCAUUGCUAGCCUUCUGAUUGACAUUUUAAGUCAAAGUGCAACUGGUUUGUCACUACCGGCUGAGACCUGUUGGAAAGUAGAAAGAGGUGUUUAAGUUAAAGACUGCACUAAAGGGGAUGAUAAAACAAUGCUAAAGGUUAUAUGGGAUAUGGCACUUAAAUGAACUUUUUUUAUUCAUUGUUUCUGUCUUUCAUAAUUAUAUUUUAGCCUUUUAUCACACGUAUGUAUUUUCUAUUGUCCUUGUGUUUGAAUGGUGUGUGUGUGUGUGUGUGAGAGAGAGAGAGAGAGAAGGGUUGAUUAAAAGAGCAUUUAAGAGAACAUUUAAAGAAAGAGAUGAAUGUGUGGAAACAUCUAUAAAGUUGUCUUUUUUUUUUUACCUAAAAGAUUUGAAUCAAUUUAUAUUCUCUUGACCCUCCCUACAAAGAGUGUUUCUUUUGUUUCCAGAAAGGGAGGGAGAUAAAAAUUAUUGUGCACACAACAAUUUGGUUACCAGGUACUAUUUAGUAGUAUUAUUAUUAUUUUUUUUUACUUUAUUACCAACUAUUAACUAUUAUUUUUUUAUGCAAUUAUAACCAUUAUCAUCCAUUAUCCAUUGGGAGUUACUGUGUAUAUAUUGAGAAUGUGUUCAAAAAAAAAAGGGAAGGAUUGUCUUUCUGGUGCAGUUGAAAUAUGAUUUUAAAAAUGAAUUAAAAAGGCAACAUUAGAGAUCAGAAUAGAGGAUGUUAUCAUUGCUAAAACAUCCAAUCACUGACCUCCAUGAUGCCAUCUGUGUCCUGUAAUCAGCCAGGUGAAUGGCUGGUCCUCCAUGUAUAAUCCUUGUUGUAGCCCAUUAUAUGUCUUUGAAAAUUUCACAGUUCUCAAUAUAUAUGAAUUAGUGUUACUUUUGUUGCUCCUAAUACUUAUUAACUACUCUUAAGGAUGACUUUAUUGUAUAGAUCAACACUCAUUCAUCCAACUGUAACUGUUUCUCCUUAUUUGAACAAUAAAAAAAACAUUUUACUGGAACAACUGUGAUAUCAGAUGCAAUCUGGAUUAUACAGUACAUGUAAAGACGUAUAUAUUAGGAGACUCUCUGGAGUAUAAAAGCAGUGUCUUUUGAUAUUCAAAUAUUUUUGUCCUACUUAGUGAGUAAAAUCUAUUGUUUUCAUACUAGGGUUAGACCGAUAUAUUGGUUUUACAGAUUAAUUGGAGUCAACAGUUGCUUUUUUUGAGUUAUCUGCAAAACUCUAUGCCGAUAGAUGACGAAGGUUUUUAUUUUAUUUUAUUAAUGUGAUUUACAAUCAUGUGGGGAUUUGCUGUAUCUAAAUCUUUCACCAUUGACAAUAUUCAUCCAUAUUUUAUCCUCACUUCAAUGCAUAUUUUCUUAUUUGAUAUCAAGUGUUCUAAACUGAAGCGAGGGCAUACAAAGAAAAAUGUCUCUUAACUUCAUAUUUUAGUAAAAAAAACCUGAUUCAUUAAACAUCAUCUGGUGAAAAAUCUACAUAUACAAAACUCUUCAUCUGGUGAAUAGAGUCUAUAAAAAUCUUAAUUUGUAACAGAGCAAAGUCUCUGUAAUUUCAAAAUACGAGUCCCUUGUGUGUUUGGGGUUUGUUAACAGAUAAAAGUCCCAUGUUCUGCAUUAAAAUGUUUCGUUUAUUAUUGGGAUUUUGGUUGAACAUAAACUGCAUCUGGGUUUUAUUCAUUUUUGACUCUUGUAGCCUUGAUUUUCUUAAAUUUCCAUUAUCGGUUUUGGCAAAAUCCAAAAAAACCCUCUAUUUUAUACUUUCAAUAAUUUGAUCACUCUGAUAAUGAGUUUGAAUUGCCUGCUCAAAUUAAUUUUUUUAAAUGGCAUUGGUUAUAUGUAGUAUCUCUUUGACUUUUUUCAUAUUUUCUAAGCCAUGAAACUUAAAUAUCUCUUUCCAAAAACAUUGUGUUUUAAACAUUUAUUGUCUCUAAACUUACUGAUUAAGUUUGGUACAGGUGUACUAUUAUCACUUUUUCAAUGAGGGACUUUUUAAGUAGUUUUAAUUGUUAACAAACAAAGACAAGUCAGUUCUGUUCUUUGCUGUCGGUAGAUAAGAGUUAAGGCAUUUAUAUGUAUUAGUGCAGCAGAUUCACUGCCUGUUCACUGUCGGACAUCUUUGACAGUGCAGAAAAUCUCAAUAACGGUUGGUCAAGAUUACAAUCAAGAAACAUAUUUCAA